GGGACUCGGGAACAUCCGAUGUCAUCGAAGGCGAGCCAGACAUGUGGGAACCAUCACCUGUUGACUGUGACCGUGAAACUCUCCUACGUGCAACCGUCGCCGUUGAAACGUCUGGCCUGGUCGUUGUUGAUCAAGGCCUUUCAAGUGUCAAUGCUCGCUAUAAUAAAAUUAACUAUGCCCUGCCUUGCCGGGUGACUUGAGAAUGACAGUUUCAACGAGGACAAACCGAACCGAUGCCUCGGUCUGUCUUUGACCUCCGCAGUUCGGUCGCGCAGCUGAGUACCCCCAGCGUUCCCAUGAUCGCCUAAUAAAGCUUAGCGUAGGGGCGCGGGCAACCUCGGCACGGCGGUGAUCGUGGCCAAGGCUCAGCGUACCCCGGAUUCCAAGAUGCGUGUGCCUCCACAGAUCCAACUGAUUGAUAACUGGCCUUCUUCCUCGUGCUUCGUCUUGUGUCUUUUUUGUUUUUCAGCAGCGAGAUUUUUAACCUUUUUCUUUUUCACCAACACUUAUUCUACCAUUUCCCGUUUUGGAGUAUUCACAUCAGUCAUCAUGGCCUCUCCUCAGCAGAUUCGCACCGACAUCACCGAUCUCUUCGGGAUCAAGCACCCCAUCCUCCUCGCCGGCAUGAACGUCGCCGCUGGCCCCAAGCUGGCGGCGGCUGUCACCAAUGCCGGCGGUAUGGGUGUCCUCGGUGGUAUCAGCUACACCCCCGAGAUGCUCAGGGAGCAGAUCGAUGAGAUCAAGAAGCACCUUAACGACAAGAAGGCUCCCUUCGGUGUCGAUCUCCUUCUUCCCCAGGUUGGCGGCAACGCCCGCAAGACCAACUACGAUUACACCAAGGGCAAGCUUGACGAGUUGAUUGACAUCAUCAUCGAGUCCGGCGCCAAGCUCUUCGUUUCCGCCGUCGGCGUCCCCCCCAAGCACGUCGUCGAGAAGCUCCACAAGAACGGCAUCCUCUACAUGAACAUGAUCGGCCACCCCAAGCACGUCAAGAAGUGCCUCGACCUCGGUGUCGAUAUCAUCUGCGCUCAGGGUGGCGAGGGUGGCGGCCACACCGGUGACACCCCCACCACCGUCCUCAUCCCCACCGUUGCUCAGCUCGUCAAGGGCCACAAGUCCCCAUUGACUGGCAAGCCCGUCCAGGUUGUUGCCGCCGGUGGUAUCUGGAACGGUCAGCUCCUCGCCUCUGCGCUUAUGAUGGGCGCCAGCGGUGUCUGGGUUGGUACCCGUUUCGUCCUCUCCAAGGAGGCUGGUGCCCCCAAGGCCCACAAGGAGGCCGUCCGCACCUCGGGCUUCGAUGACAACAUCCGCACCACCAUCUUCACCGGUCGCCCCAUGCGUGUCCGUGCCAACCCCUACAUUGUUAACUGGGAGGAGGACCGUGUUUCCGAGUUGAAGCAGUGCCUCGCCAAGGGCAAGAUCCCCCACGAGGUCGACCUCGAUAAGCUCAUGGCUGGUGAGGUCCCAUCGAUUGCCGACCUCAAGAAGAUCGGCCUCGUUGCUGCCUCUACCCCCGACAACGCCGAGGUUGAUGUUGAUGACCUCCUUGACUCCCUCAUGCCCCACCUUAUGGGCAAGUGCGCCGCCGUUGUCAACGAGGAGAAGUCAGCCAAGGAGAUCGUUGACGAGUUUGUCAACGAUGCCGUUGCCGUCAUCAAGAGGGGCAACGCCCAGCUCGUCAGCUUGCCCAAGCUAUAGAGUGUGGGAGGAUAUGAUGGAUUGGCUUUCUUGACUGUACUAUAGCGUCGUUUCUGCACAUAUAAUGACAUUUCACGAUUUGAAUACUCCAUGUCUAUGUUCACUCAAAUGUUUUGGCCUGAUUUUUUACGU